CCCCCCCCGCCGCCAUCCCUGAAAUGCCUACCCCGAUUCCCACGUCCUGAAUCAAUCUAGUGUUGUCAUAGUUACAGCAGAUGAUGUUGGCCCCUGCUACACCUGUGUCGCUUUGUUUUCAUGCACCCCAUCGUCUCAUCGGGGCCUUGGACUUUACACCCCAACACUUAUUUUCUUCUUAGGAGGUGAGGGGGGUUCUAACCCCCCACCCCUGCAAAGGAGUCCACCAUUUUUGCCUCUUCAUAAACCUUAACGACUGUGUUGUGGGAAGGCUUGACACAAUCACGGCGUGAUUGGUUCGUAGCAAUUGGUCAGCAGCUUGCAGCUAAUUUGUCUUUUCACGACUGAGCGCUCUCUCAGGCCUGAUCGAAUAAUCAAUACCGACAUUGUUGCAAUCUGCUCUCGACACCAAAGAGCAACAAAGAUAAAAAAAAAUAAAAAAAAAGCACUACUUUGAGAAUUUGAGCUUCGGGGGUGGAAAUGGAAUAAAUAAAAACAAAAGGACAAUCGUCAUGAUUUGCCAUCUUCACUCUUACCUGGAGAGCCUCUCAUGAGAUUGAACUGAUUUAACUCAAUAUGCUGGAGAGAUUGAAGAUGAACAAUCAAGGCUUUCAGAGUCUGUAGUGUUUAUUACCUUGUAUAAGGGCUUUAACAUGUGCAUAUUUGUCUUUUUGCUCAAUUGAGGCUGCCGUACAUACAGUAAGUAUAGUUGCCUAAGUAACAUCUCAUGCAAUACGUGUUUCAAAGCUACAUUUCGACCAUUAGCGCAUUAAGAUGUUUAAUUGCGUAGCUUUAAUCAGCAGGGAAUGUGAACAAAAGCCGUGGUCUUUCUUUUUCCUUAAGCCUCCAUUUUCAGAUCAUAUCGCUGUGAAGUGGAGUGAAAGAAACACACAAAAAAAGCUCUACAUGUUGUUGACUUUGGGGACGGCUAUGGAUGACAUGUGUGCCCGUAUAAGGGUGUGAGAAAUUAUGUGGGAUGUGCCGAGCAUCUGAAAAAAAAAAGAAAAAAAAAAGACUAUUUUUAGCAUGCACACUCCCUCAUGAGUUUCCUUAAUAGCUUCUUUAAGAGUUCUCAGAGCUAUGGUUUUUCAUAAAGACCGAUGCUGACCUUGUAGACAUUAUGAUUCAUCCCUCCUACCCUCCUCCAGUCCUUCGCCCUCUAUCUUUUAUCCCUGAGGUUCUUCUUCCGGUUUCUCUGCAAUUUUCCCCAAUAUUGAAGAUAUAUAUUGAUAUUUCACAUCGGGUGCUUGAGAGCAACAAACCCCCAUGAAGGCGCAAUUAAACACAAUAAUGUGGAAUGGGGCACUGGACGGUAAAAAAAACAAAAAACAACAACAACAAAAAAAAACACAAGAUGGUGAGUGAGCAGGUUGCCACGGCAACCGUGUUUCUAGGAGCCCGCAUGUAUUGUGGCUGCAUAGGAGAGGAGAUGCUAAACACCGCCAUUGGAGCACCAUUGUUAACGACAAUCUAUCUCUAUUAUGUAUUCACCGUAAGAAGUUGGCAAGCUUUGUGUCAUACGAACACGUCUCGUCCUAGCCUUUUCUAAAUUUAGUGAGUCUGCUGAUGCUCGCAGGCAAAAGUGUGCGACACCCUCUCAACCAAGGACGGAUUUGGCUCCCAAUGCAUAUCACUGUGCUUUUUCUUCACAACGCCUGGUUUCAUGUUUGCUUAAUUGCGUGUUGCUUAUUGCACACGGCUCAUGUGGCCAAUAAUAAUCCCUGGAUAGCUUAAUUGCCGAAGUACCGCAUAAGGGUGUCAUUUGUCAACUCGUGUUGUUGCUUCUUAAUGGGUUGCGUAAAUCUCUGCAUUAACCUUAUGGUUGCUUUCUCGUUAAAACCGGAUUAAUUCUUGUCUAUGAACCGGUUUCCUAGCCAGCUAUUUUUUCCCCCCAAAAAAUAGAACGUUGUGGCCAUUUUCAGACGAUGACCUCGGCGUUAAGUUCAACGUCAAGAAAAUGGCAGCUGACUCACCCAGUUCUACUACAGGCCACAAUUUGAGAGCCACUUCUUUACAACCCGAAGCCUGACCUUGCUCGUCUCCCGCAACAGGACAUUGUCAUAUUUUCAUAAUUAAAUUCCGUCCUGGGCAUCCUUGCAUGAAUGUGUUAGGCUAAUAUCUCAAAGCUACUGCACUGUGCAUUACUUGACCUCCUUUCUUUUCUCCUUUUCUCUCUUCUUCCCCUCCCCUCCCGCCACAGUGAGAAGAAACAAACAGCCUCUGCAGAGAAGAGGAGGCUUCCAGGGGCGACAAUCCCCCUCCCAAACAUCAUUUUUUUUACACUAAUAACUGUCAUGGGAGCAAAAAAAAAAAGACAUGCUUUCUGAAAAUGACAUGUAAGAAAGAACAAGGCGCUUGGUAGUCAAAGAAGCAUACAAAGAAGUAUUCAUGAUAGUCUUUUAAUAUAACAUUACACCCUUCUUUCUAAAUUAUUAAGCAGUCUACUUGAAGGAGAAACACAGCAAAAGAGCAUUAAAUAUGAACAUGAACGCAAGCAUUUAAAUUCUCCGAUUUGGAGGUGAUUUGUCAGCAUCAUACAGCAGUCGGGGUGGGUCAUGACUCAGUUGCCAUGCGUGUUGUCAUGGUGACCAGCCCCUGUACCCCUUCCCCCCUCCUCUGGUUGGUCCACCUUUUGUUGUGGUUCCACAACCAUGGACCUGAGCUGACAGAGGCAGCACCCCCAUGUCCCACCCCGUGUAGUUGCUCCAAUCAGGCGAGCCGUGUCAUCUGCACAAGGAAGAGUCUAGAUCAAGUCCCGGACAGUAUUUCGGAGAACACAAGAUACCUCAAUCUACAAGAGAACACAAUUCAGGUGAUAAAGUCUGACACCUUUAAGCACCUGCGGCAUUUGGAAAUCCUCCAGCUCUCCAAGAACCACAUCCGACAGAUCGAGGUGGGGGCGUUCAAUGGGCUGCCAAACCUCAACACGCUGGAGCUUUUCGACAACCGUCUCACCGUGGUACCGUCACAGGCCUUUGAGUACCUCAGCAAGCUAAGGGAACUAUGGCUACGGAACAACCCCAUCGAGACACUGCCGGCGUUUGCAUUUCACCGCGUUCCCUCUUUACGCCGUCUCGAUCUCGGGGAGCUCAGGAAACUGGAUUUCAUCUCAGAGGCGGCCUUCGAAGGUCUGGUGAAUUUGCGCUUCUUGAAUCUGGGCAUGUGCGGCUUAAAGGACAUCCCUAACCUCACCCCGCUCGUACGACUAGAGGAGUUGGAGUUGUCCGGCAACCAGUUGGGGAUUGUCCGGCCCGGAUCCUUCCAGGGCCUGGUGUCACUUCGCAAGCUGUGGCUCAUGCACUCCAGAGUGUCUGUUAUUGAACGCAACGCCUUUGAUGACCUAAAGAGCUUGGAGGAGCUCAACCUUUCCCACAAUUCCCUUCAUUCGCUGCCUCAUGACCUCUUCACGCCUUUGCACCAGUUGGAGAGGGUGCAUCUCAAUCACAACCCAUGGGUGUGCAACUGUGACGUUCUGUGGCUCAGCUGGUGGCUUAAAGAAACGGUUCCUAGCAACACAACAUGUUGUGCCCGGUGUCACGCACCCCCAGGUCUGAAGGGCAAGUACAUCGGUGAACUGGACCAGAGCCAUUUCACAUGCUACGCACCGGUCAUUGUGGAGCCGCCCACUGACCUCAACGUCACCGAGGGCAUGGCGGCAGAGCUGAAAUGCCGCACGGGGACCUCCAUGACCUCCGUGAACUGGUUCACUCCGAACGGCACUUUGAUGACCCACGGAUCGUACCGCGUGAGGAUCUCCGUGCUCCACGACGGAACGCUCAACUUCACCAACGUGACUGUGCAGGACACGGGCCAGUACACAUGCAUGGUGACCAACUCCGCUGGCAACACCACCGCCACCGCCGUGCUCAACGUAUCCGCUUCAGACCCCAGCAACAGCUACAGCUAUUUUACCACCGUCACAGUGGAGACAGUCGAGACAGUGGGAGGAGGGGACGAUAAGAACUCAGCAAUGCAGUACAUUAACGAGACCUUCAUAGAUUUCCCUAAUCCUACUGUUGAAAGAGGUUCAGAUGGCAUCACUAUAUCCCCUUCUCUCUCUUCCCUGUCCUCACUGUCCCCACGAGCGAACAGAGCCACUGAAAAUGCAGUGACUGUAUCCAUCAUCGAUGUAACUAACAUUCCGGGCCUGGAUGAUGUAAUGAAAACCACCAAGAUCAUCAUUGGCUGCUUUGUGGCAAUUACUUUUAUGGCAGCUGUAAUGUUGGUGGUCUUCUAUAAGCUCCGCAAGCAACACCAGCUGCACAAGCACCAUGGCCCAGCCAGAGCCAUCGAGAUCGUCAAUGUGGAGGAUGAGAUUGGAGCCGGAGCCGGAAGCGGCAUUUCAGGCGGGUCUACGAUGAAUACAGGCAGUGGCGGAGAAGGAACCCUAAGGAUACAUCAUCCUGAAAUAGUUAACCUUCCCAACAUUGGACGUUCAGACACCCUGAACCAUUACUAUAAGACCCAUCAUUACAACAACAAUGUGAUGGGGCUUAGUAUUGGUAGCGAAGGAAUGGGACCCGGAGGGAUGCUUGGCAACAAAAACCACCAAGGCCAGGAAAUCCCCAUCUCCUGCACCCCUGUCCCCAUCUCCACGUCCAACCUCCUCACAUCUUCAGGAAAUGGCACCAACAUCAACCCAAGCUCUAUGUCCCCGCCUCUGCCCAUGUCUCUCCCAAUGCCUACCAUGGGCCUACACGGAUCAAUUAAAGGUUUCAUGGGCCAGAAUCAGAACCCCCAAAUGGAGCCUCUUCUCUUUAAGGGGAACUCAAAGGAAAAUGUCCAGGAGACUCAGAUCUAAAAGCGCGAGAAUGACGCUCGAGGGACAGAGAGAGAAUUCAUGUUGGGUUUAUGCUGGGAAUGAUUAGACACUAGAGUGCAUUGACUUUGACACCAGGAGACAGGAUAGACGUGACCCGGCAACACACAAACACAGAGACUCGUCCGUGGUGGCGUACUGAGCCAAGGAUUACCACAGUGGUUCACUUGUGUUUGUAGUAACGCUCAUGGCCAAGGAGAUCAAGGAAUGGACAUUGCUACAAUGUAAAUCUGUGCCAAAGCAAAUGUUUUUUUGCAUUCUCUCCAAACCGUGUUGUCAUUGGGGGAAAAACAACAAGUCUUUGAGAGUAAUCGGUCCUCAAAUCACUGUUGGCCGGCAGAGAUGGAAGACGCGCACACUAGUACUUAACAUGCAGAAGAUGGCUGAGAUUAUGGAACCAAAUCCCAGAGACAUUUUUCUUGACGAAAAGAAGGCGCGCUAAAGUGACUCAAUAGACUCCCUCAAGGUGACAAUAAUCUAGGCAUAAAUAGAUGGACAAAAAGGUACAGUGCAGUACAAACUACUGUGAAAAAUCCACAAAUUAUAUAAAUAUAUUUUCAUUUAAAUAUGUAUCAUUGCAGACUCCGACGCAGAGAUAUUUUGGGGUGGAUGUACAUGCCGGUAGAGUUUGUUUCUAUGUGACCUAAGACGGGCGGCGACUGGGGGAGGUUGGUUAUGGUACAUGUUUUCAGUUUGGCUACUUCUCAGAGAACAUAAGGGCUCAAUUGCAACACUCAUUGUGGAUCUUUGAAUUGGCUUUGUGACAUAAAGUCUAUUUAGGUUGUAGUACAGUAAAUGCAGAUAUCUGUUUGACAAACUUCUGUCUGUUGCUUCAGUAGUAAUCAUUACACAUUUUUUGUGUUUCCGAGGGUGUAUUAUGUAUUUUGUAACAACCAGCUUCUUGGUAUUUGAAUCGUAUCAAUUCUGACAAUGCCAUAACUAAUGUUUCACGGACAGGGAGAGGUUAAUCCAAUGCAAAGACCUGUAUGGCGAAAAAUAAAGUGUUGACUUAUUUGUGUUAUUUGGAGCAGAUCCGUAGCCAGGAAUUUGAUAUGACCUCCUCGCUCAUGGUGACUGUAAUCAUGCCAUAAACGCCCUCAUUAUGACGAUUCGACAUCUCUCUUCAGUCGCAUUCGAGAAAGGAUCGAACAUCCUCCCUAGGACGAUUUAGAAUGAAUGGAAAUGUACAGUAUAUCAAUAAUAACAAUGUCUGGUUGUAUGACAAUUGUAAGAACUGCAUUUUUACAGUGUAACUUUCAUAUGUUCGAUUGCCAUUUGCGCUUCUCGCGUUUCAACUAUGUAUUUCUUUAUUUUUGUUAGUUUGAUAUAAUGUGUACAGUUGUCUAGCCAUGUAUCAUUAAGUGUGAAAUAAAUGAAUCAUAUAUUGGAUUGUGGCGGCUCAAUACGGCAAGACGCGGUGGGAAAACUGUGGAGGAAACCUGUGCUAAACCUGGACUGAAGCGUAGGGCUUGUGGUUCCGCCAUUAGUCAUAGCGCUAAUGAAAAGUGUCACCUGCCCUAUUAACAUCACGACAGCCUAUUCGUCACUCUCCUAUACACAGUAUUUAUAUGUUUUCAACACAAGGUGCAUCUUUUUAAGAGCAGGGGCCGCCAUUUCAUUCACGUACAAUUUUUCAACACUACAGUAGUUUGGUUGGACAGAGCGGGAAGGUAAAAUGUUUGUUGCAAUUGAGCACAGGCUGGAUGUGUGUGGAUGCUGAGAGACGAAGCGUUGGCACUAAUGCUAUUUUGCGUAAUCCCCCCGCCCCCUGCCCCCUCCUCAUUAACCAAUGUUUAUUUAUUUAUUCCAACUUGUUCAAAGAAUAAACAGUUGACUUUA